AUGUUAACAGCAAGUGAAUACAGCAACAACCAUAGUCGGCAGCUGCAGCCGGAAACAAGCCUGUCCGAGCUGAACUUGCCCAGAGUGCUCUGUGUCCUGUCUUCCAUGUUAGAGAAGCUGGUAGUUCGUAAUGAAAAGCUUGUGGAUGUUCUGAACCAGCAGCUAGAUGGACUGAACUGUGGCUCAGUAAGACUUGGUAACAGCUUGAAUACUUUUCAUGGCGUAAGAGCGCCAAGCAUAAGCAUACCUAGGUACUUGGAGAGGAUAUACAAGUACACUAAUUGCAGCCCAUCAUGUUUUGUGGUUGGCUAUGUGUAUAUAGACAGGUUAACACAUAGACACCCUGAUUCGCUCGUCACGUCCUUGAAUGUGCACAGGCUGCUAGUUACCAGUGUCAUGGUCGCUUCCAAGAUGCUGGAUGAUGAACAUUAUAACAACGCCGUGUAUGCUCGAGUAGGAGGAGUGAGCAACGCUGAAUUGAACAAGCUUGAGCUAGAGUUGCUCUUUCUGUUAGAUUUUGAAGUUUUGGUAAGCUCUGGAGUAUUUGAGAGCUACUGCUUUCACUUAGAAAGAGAGAUGGUUGUGAAUGACAGAGGCAUAAAAAUUGAAAGGGCAUUGACACUAAAGGUUAUGAAUGACCUUGAGGCUGAAAUAUCCGUUGAAGAUAAACAAACUCCUUCCCCACCUCAAAUUCUACACUGA